AUGACGGGAGACUUCAUAAAGAUAUUAAGAAGCGAGCUUGCGUCUACGGCGGAGGGUUUGAAGCUGCAGGCGGAGACAGUGCGGAGCGAGGCGGCCGGCGCGGCGAGCGCGCUGAAGGCGGAGAUUGCGCUGAUGAAGGCUGCGGCGGAGCGCCAGGCGGCGGAGGUGGCGCACGUGCGCGCGACGGCGGCGCACGCUGAGGCGCGGAUGAACGACGUGGAGCUGGCGGUGGCGGAGGGGAAGGGCGCGCGGGAGAAGGUACGCGCGGAGCGCAGCCAAGCCGGGGGAAGCGCGGGGGGACACGGAGGAGCGGAGACGCCCGAGGGGAAGAGGCGGAAGCUGGAGGAGACGGGGAAGGCGGAGGAGAUGGAGCAUGCUGCUGCGGGCGGUGGCGCACUCAUUGCCAAUCGCGGUGCUUCCGAUGGGAAGCAGGCUGAGGCGGAAUGGAAGGCGGGCUUGUUGGGACUGAGGACUCGGGUGGAGGGUCUGCAGGACAGAUUGGGUACGGUGGAGAGCAGGAGUGCCGACCGAGGGAUUCUAUGGGAGGCAUUAUACCUGCUACCAUGGCUGCUCCUGCUACCACGGCUAAGGUUCCUGGACAAGAAGCGGUGCACACCUGUUUGA